UUCUGUUUCUUGACUCCACCUCUAAGCAUUGCUUGUACUUUUUUUUGUUUCUGUCGAGCAACGCGGUCGUUCCUGUCGAAAAUGGAUAACUCCUCUCAACUUUGUAAACUUUUUGUCGGUGGAUUGAACGUAGAUACCGACGAUGACGGGCUCCGCAAGCAUUUUGAGCAGUACGGUCAACUGACCGACUGCGUUGUGGUUGUGAAUAAGCAACUACAGAGGUCCCGCUGUUUUGGCUUUGUAACCUACUCGAGCGCUGAGGAGGCAGAUGCAGCAAUGGCGGCAAGGCCACAUGUCGUUGAUGGCACCAACGUGGAGUUGAAAAGAGCGGUCGCUCGUGAAGAUGCCGGUAAACCCGAGGCACUCGCCAAGGUCAAGAAAAUAUUCAUUGGGGGACUGAAAGACGACAUCGAAGACGAACAUUUGAAUGAGUAUUUUUCCCAGUUCGGUGAGAUCGAGAAGGCCGAAGUUAUCGCAGAGAAGGAAACCGGAAAGAAAAGAGGGUUCGGCUUUGUUCACUUCACAGAUAACGAUUCGGCCGAUAAGGCAGUGGUACUUAAGUUCCACAACAUCAAUGGGCACAAGGUGGAGGUGAAGAAAGCCCUCACAAAGCAGGAGAUGCAAGCUACAGGCCGUGGCGGUAGGGGAGGAAGAGGCAUGAGAGGAGGACAAAAUGGCUUCGGAGGCGGCAGAGGUGGUUACGACAGCUACGGGGGUGGUUUCGGUGGGGGCUACGGGAGCAGUGCUGGUGGCUAUGGCGGUGGCUACGGAAGUGGAGGCUACGGCGGGGCCUAUGGGGGAGGCGCAAGCUACGGAGGUGGCUACGGCGACCAGAUGGGAGGUUAUGGUGGCGGCAAUGGCUACAGUGACUUUGGCAGUGGGUACAGCCAGCAGUCCUCCGGUUAUGGGCCCAUGAAAGGCGGCACCAACUACGCUGGUAGGAGCCCUGCUCCGUACGCCCCCCGAGGCGGUGCAGGUGGCUACAGCAGAGGGGCGUAUGGCGGCUACUAAACCGGUGGCUUCGACAGACUAUUUGAAAAUAAUUCUCCACACAUACCCGCCUGAUCAUCAAACCGUGCUCAAAAUUCAGUCCUCGGGCAUUUGGCAAAAUGCGGACACUGUGAAACCAAAUCAUUUAAGAAGACCUCAAACCAAACAGGUAGGAAGAUCACUUCCCAGAACCUGAUUUGCACGUCCAGCUCUUGCUAUAGGACACGUUCGAUUGCUAAAUUCAUUUAUCAUUUAUGUUCCAAGAUGAGGGCGUGUAGCUGUCGUUAGUUGACCUGCUUUUUAUUUUACGUAUGCGUACGUUCGUGUUUAGUCUUACAUUUUGUUUUGAUACUAUACUUUCUCUUAUCUACAUUAUAGCAAGUAGUAAGGAAAUUCCCAUGGAUCUAGUCUACAGAGGAUUGGGACGCAUGUGCUAUAUAAUUGGAUUUAUUAGCUGACUAUGUAAAUGUAUGUUCUGUCCACUAGCCUAUAGGUUGUUGGUUACGCGUGUUUGGUAGGCCGGAUCCAGUUUAAACAUUUAAUUUUCUUGCCAAGAUGUUUUGUAAAUCAACGAAGUACGCCAGUAAUUUCCCAACACACAGCGUUCAGCUAUGAGCUUAAUGUUCCUUUAAUUUACUACAUAAAUCUCAUGUAUAUUGUAUUAUCUGUCUGAACAUCAAACUACAAUUGUUAAGCAUUGGUAUGCAUAUGUAUGUUCAUUUUAAAUAAAAAGUCAAACAAA